AUGACUAAAAAGGCGGUGGCUAUUGUAAAAGCAAAGGCUUUAGAAGAGGCUUAUAAAGUUUUCGAAAGGAAAGGUGGUGAGAGGCAGUUGAUGCGAAUUGCCAAAGCAAGAGAUAAGGCAUCAAAAGAUUUUACCUCUAUUAAACUGAUCAAAGAUCAUAAGGGAGUGGUAUUACAAGAUUACAAAAGGGCCAAGGAAAGAUGGAAAGUAUAUUUUAGGAAUUUAUUGAAUGAAGAAAACCCCAGAACUUUAUACGAGAAUGGAGAGGCAAAUGAAGCAGUGGUGCAAGAUAUUAGCAAAGAAGAAGUGGAAAGUGUGCUUAGGAAAAUGAAGAUGUGGAAAGCAGAGGGAAUUGAUAUCCUCUGGGAACUAAUGAAACUCUGGCAGCAGGAGAAAAUCCCAGAUGAAUGGAGAAAGUGCAUUAUUGUGCCGAUCUUUAAAGGUAAAGAUGUACAGAAUUGCGGAAAUUACAGAGGUAUAAAGAUAUUGUCCCAUACUAUGAAGACUUGGGAGAAAAUUGUAGAAAGAAGGAUUAGGCAGGAAUCUGAGAUUGAAGCGGGACAGUUUGUCUUUUGCCGGGAAGGAGUACGAAUGAUGCUACUUUUGCUGAUGGAAACGCACAGGGAAAUGCAGGAAAAUUUGCACAUGGUGUUUAUAGAUCUAGAAAUGCGCAUGAUAAGGUAUCAAGGCAAGAGAUAUGGAGAUGGUUGA